AACCUGUGAGCUCAGGCAAUCCACUCAUCUCAUCCUCCCAAGUUCUGGGAUUACAGAUUUCCUCAUUCUCCACUUAGCAAGGUCAUGGAAGAUCUAGAGGAAACAUUAUUCGAAGAAUUUGAGAACUAUUCCUAUGCCCUGGAAUACUACUCUUCAGAGUCUGAUUUGGAGGAGAAAACCCACCUGGAUGUUGUUCACUGGGUUUCCCUGGUCUUGUAUUGUUUAGCAUUUGUUCUGGGAAUUCCUGGAAAUGCCAUUGUCAUUUGGUUCACAGGAUUCAAGUGGAAGAAGACAGUCACCACUCUCUGGUUCCUCAAUCUGGCCAUUGCAGAUUUCAUUUUUGUUCUCUUCCUGCCAUUGUACAUCUCGUAUGUGGCCAUGAAUUUCCACUGGCCCUUUGGCAUCUGGUUGUGCAAGGCCAAUUCUUUCAUUGCCCAGUUGAAUAUGUUCGCCAGUGUUUUUUUCCUGACCGUGAUCAGCCUGGACCGCUAUAUCCACUUGAUCCAUCCUAUCUUGUCUCAUCGGCACCGAACCCUAAAGAACUCCCUGAUUAUUGUUAUAUUCAUCUGGCUUUUGGCCUCUCUCAUUGGUGGUCCUGCCCUAUACUUCCGGGACACUGUAGAGUUCAAUAACCAUACUCUUUGCUAUAACAAUUUCCACGAGCAUGAUCGUGACCUCACUGUGAUGAGGCACCAUGUUCUGACUUGGGUGAAAUUUGUUGUUGGCUAUCUCUUCCCUUUGCUAACAAUGAGUAUUUGCUACUUGUGUCUCAUCUUCAAAGUGAAGCAGCGAAGCAUCCUGAUCUCAAAUAAGCAUUUCUGGACAGUCCUGGCUGUCGUCGUGGCCUUUUUGAUUUGCUGGACUCCUUAUCACCUGUUUAGCAUUUGGGAGCUCACCAUUCACCACAGCAGCCAUUUCCACCAGGUGCUGGAGGCUGGAAUCCCCCUCUCCACUGGUUUGGCAUUCCUCAACAGUUGCUUGAACCCCAUCCUUUAUGUCCUCAUUAGUAAGAAGUUCCAAGACCGCUUCCGGGCCUCAGUUGCUGAGAUACUAAAGCAUACGCUAUGGGAAGUUAGCUGCUCUGGCACAGUGAGUGAACAGCUUAGGAACUCUGAAACCAAGGAUCUGUAUCUCCUAGAAACAGCCCAAUGAGUUAUCACUUUUCCAUUAAUCAGUAUAAGGCUUUUGUGUGGGAACUCUGAUAGAUGCUUUCAGGUAAAAUUUGAUUCCAAGAUACAGAGCUGAUCAUAUUUUUCUUAUUUUCUUUUUUGUCAGUACAUUGGCACCACAUUUUUGUAUGGAUAUAAAACAGGAAAGAGUAACACAAUUUUUUCGACAAUUUAAGUGAUCUGAGUC